GAUUAAGCAUGGAAAGGCAAUUCUAGCUUUGGACCUGAUUGCCAGUGUUUUAUUUCAAGAGGAAACUCAAUUCGUAGUUAAUCACAAACUGCCACACAGGUCAGUGUGGAAAUCAUUAGGUAGUUAAACAUCAGAAUAUAAAAAAUGUGGGCAAGACUAAGUCAACUCUGCAGAAGCCUAUUCUUGCAAUUCACAAAUAAUCAAAUGUACUCAUGGAGCAAAAUAUAACCUCAUAAGCUUAGUGAAAUUAUACUAUUUAUCUUCUGGAAUGUUAUAUGAUUUUUCUUUCUAUAGAUAAUGAAAUUCCAUGCAGUGAUGAAGUCUAUGGCACCGUCAGCGUUAAUUCCACUGCAACAAUCGCAUGCAUGGGAUCAGCAGGAGACAUGAGAAGACUAUGUGGUGUCAAUGGCUAUGGAGACGAACUUAAUUUCUGUCUAAUACCAGAGAUCAGUAAUCUUCGUGAGUUAACCAAGUCCCCCGCUGAAGUGGCAGCGAACUUUUCCAGUCUUCUUCAGGAAUUAUCUGAUGUCUCAGAUAAUGAAAACAUCACCGAACCUGGAAAUGUACAAGCUGUUAUAGGAAUACUGACGACAUUUGCGAACGCCACUGUACCUGUUGAUGAAACCGAUUUGGCGAACUUUUUGCAAACUGUAAGCGCCGUGAUUUCUGAUGAAUCAUUAAGCACAUGGACAAUUCUCUCUGACACAACAGUUGACGCGAACCCUAGCUCUCAAUUAUUACAGUCAGUGGAGACGUUUACUAGUCGGCUCAAUCUGACAAAUGGCACUGUAGUAAUUAAACAAAAUAAUCUUCAGCUCGUCGCUACUAAAAUCACUCGAGAUGAAAAUAGCCCUUCCAUUAAUGAAACCUUUAAGAGUUUUAACAUUACAGGCUAUAAUAAUUUAAGUGCUAAUAUCUUCAUUCAUGGUGACGAAUUUGAAACCGCCGAAGAUAAUGUUGUUGUCAUAAUUGCAUAUCCAACAUGGAUUGAUAUUUUAAGAAAUAAUACACUCUUUAAUAUGAAUACACACUUCGAAAUUAAUAGUCUAGUUAUGACAGUAACAUUAAACCGUAAAAAAACAUUUACAAUGAAUAUGACGUUCUCACUAAGGGACAUUGGACUUGAUUUUGACACUGCCACAUGCGCAUUUUGGGAUUUUGCUGGAAUAGGCGCAUGGAAUAAUGAAGGCUGUAUGACUAGUCAGGAAGGAGACAACAUCGCUUGCACCUGUGAGCAUUUAACAUCGUUUUCAAUUUUAAUGUCCCCUUUAAGUGAAUCCAACAAAGCUUUGGACAUUUUAACCGAAAUUGGAAUUGCCAUUUCAAUCGCCAGCUUACUAAUCACCAUUAUUAUAGAAGCAAUAGUAUGGAAACAAGUGACCAAGAACAAAACAUCCCACACUCGCCAUGUUGCAAUUCUGAAUAUUGCGAUAAACCUGCUGAUAGCAAACAUAUGGUUCAUUGUGGCUUCCCAUGUAUCGCCCGUAGCAAACGCUUGUGUGGCUGCAACGUUCUUCAUUCAUUUUUUCUAUCUUGCCCUAUUUUUUUGGAUGUUCACCCUUGGCCUUCUACUUAUAUUUCGCUUGGUUUUCAUUUUCCAUGAUUUCAGUAAGUCAACCUUGAUGGGAAUCUCAUUCAGUGUUGGCUAUCUAUGUCCACUAAUUAUCUCGGUCAUCACAAUCGGAGCUACAUAUCCAGGAAAUUAUAUAAGAGAAGAUGCUUGUUGGCUCCGUUGGAGGGAUUCAUAUCCGAUACUUGCUUUUGUUAUACCUGCUCUGGUUAUCAUUGCAAGCAACGUUGUUGUUCUGUUUGUGGUCCUAUUUAAACUCUUACGACCAAGAAUCGGAGAUAGGUCCAGGGGCCACAGCGAGGAGCAAGAAACAUUUAAACAAAUUGUGAGGAGCAUUGUGGUGCUAACUCCAAUUCUUGGACUCACAUGGGGAUUUGGAAUAGCAACGUUUCAAGAGAAAUCGCAUAUUGCUUUUGAUUAUAUAUUUACAAUCCUCAAUGCUUUUCAAGGAUUCUUCAUUUUUCUCUUUGGAACAUGCUUGGAUAGCAAGGUGCGAGAAGCCUUACUGAAGAGGUUCUCUUUGAGUAGAUUGUCUACCCGAACAAGGACUGUACAGACUUCUUCCACUGGAAGGUUUCGCUCCAAGCCUGGUUUUGCAUUUCCUGGGAGAAACAGUAAAGAGCUACAACGUUACCAGCCAGGUAGCCUCGGGGAGCAAGGACAAAUCCCUCAGCUAUUCUACUCUGCAUUAACUGCUGCCACUCUGAAGAUAAAACGGAUUCAUCAGGAAGAAAAUAGGCUACCACUUUGACAAAACCAUUUCAGCAAUGAAUUAAAAAGAAAUGAUUACAUAUGACAAAAGUUACAAAACUGUAGAGAAUGUUGGACAUCUUGUUACAAUUGUUUUAAUAUGUUACAAUUGUUUCAUUGUGUAGUGAAGCAAUAAUUAAUAUCACAAAGAGUAAAAGGGCAGCAUGGUAGAUGAGCGUUAGAGUUGCUGUCUUACUGCACCAGAGACCCGGGUUCGAACAUAACUAUGGGUGCUUGUCUGUAUGGAGUUUGACGUUCUCCACGUGACCUGCAUGGGGUUUUCCCGGCUUUCUUCCACACUCCAAAGACGUACAGGUUUGUAGGUUAAUUGGCAUGGUAUAAUUGUAUAUUGUCUCCAGUUUAUGUAGGACAGAAUAAGUGUGCGGGGACCACUGGUCGGCACGGACUCGGUGGGCAGAAGGGCCUGUUUCAACGCUGUAUCUCUAAACUAAACUAAACUAAAAGCAGAGAACAUUUUGAACAUAAAUUACCAUUGAUAAUUAGCAAUUGACUACUGUAUUGUAUGGGUUAUUAUAACAUUCUGCUAUUCAUGAAAUUAUUCACACAUGGAUUGGUCUAAAUAGAUUUGAUUAUGUAGAUAAUAUUCUUUUUUUUGUGUCUUGUACUAUCAUGUCACUUCCCAAUCUCAGGUAUAUUCUCCUAUUCCUGUAAAGGAUCUGCUGAACUUCUUGGGUUCUGAACUUUUUCAAAAACAUUCUGAUGAUCUGAAGUUUGAUUCUUUUCCCAUUGGAAGUAUGCAGAACUUUGCAGAAAGAUUCUCAGAACCAGUGGAAAGGUUUGGCUUCCAUUAAUACGUUGGUUAUUAAAUAAAGCACUGGUCAGCAUGAAACAUGAGGCACGAAUAUAUCAUUAAUAGUUGGCUGCAAUAUGGUUGGUAAAAGGUAUGCAUGGAGAGGGAAAGGGAAAUAAAGAUAUCUCUUGGGCAGGGAGGGAGAAAUAAACUUGCCACAGAUACUGCUUUUGACUGCCGUCUCAAGUAAUGAUAGGAGCAGUGUUUGCUGUGUUACCCCUCCUUAUGAUUGAAUUGCCUGCUGGCAUUCAUGGACUAGGUUCACACACUGGAUGUUACUUGGGGGAGAUUCAGAGAACUACUUUUCUUGGUAUUAUGCUGCAUUUUGAAUCAGCACAUACCUGAGCCAAAAUUUAAAAAGUUGUCCGUUCAUCCUCGGUAACAUGAAUUGUCUGCUCUUUAGAAAGCUGCUUUGAUUUCUUCCCAAUUCCUACCAAUGCAACCAUUUAAAUUAGUCUCUAAAAGUGUGUUUCUUUCAUGUGUACUUUAAGGAUAGAUUUUUAAAAUAUAGAUUCCAUUUUAUAACGAUGAUGCCAGGACUCGAGGGCCAGAGAUUAUUGGGAGAAGUUAGGUAGGCUAGGUCUUUAUUCCUUGAAGCGCAGGAAGAUGUGGAGUGAACUUACAGAGAUGUAUAAGAAUUAGAGGGGAAUAGAUAGGGUAAAUGUGCAUUUAACCCAGAGAAGGGGAAUCAAGUACCAGAGGACAUUGGUUUAAGGGGAAAGAUUUAAUAGGAACCCGAGGGCGACCUUUUCACACAGAGGGUUGUGGUAUAUGUAACGAGUUGUCAUAAGAGGUAGUUAAGGGAGAUACUUUCACAAUAAAUAUCUUUAAAAUACAUUUGGACUGAUACAUGGAUAUGAAAAAUUUGGAAGGAUAUGGGCCAACUAUCAGGCAAGUGGAUUAGCGUAGAUGCGGCAUCUUGGUUCAUGUGAGUAAGUUGGGCCAAAGAGCCUGUUUCCAUGCUGUUUGUCGCUGACACUUUUCACACAGACUGCUUGAGGUGGACACACUGAGAAUUUGGAAAAGGAAAUCAAUUAACCUCAUGGGCUGUUCUAGCACAUUCCUAUUGACGUAGCACGUUUCACAUCAAGAGAGAAAUUAAUUAAAUCUACGCGAUAAAUCAGGAGGACAUUUUAGAUGCUAUCUGAUAAUGAAAUGCGAAAUUGUCAUAACCUUUAAUGCAAUUCACUCCAAAGCAGUACACAUUUUUAACUUGUUUGCUUUAAAUUACCAUGCUAUACUGUUUCCAGACUCUCUUGUGCCCCACCCUGUAGUAGGUUCUAUGAAUUAAUGUGUUCAUUCCAGAGCAAUAAUCACUUGAAUGGCAGAUCAAUCACUGUUGGUAGGUAUGAGGUUAUUUCAUGGAUUUCCCAAUUUUCUGGCUUGUUACUAAUUGAGAUUCCUUGAUGCAUUUUUCUUGCCCCUAGAGAAGCCUGUGAGGCUCAUUGAUCUUGCCUCCUGAAUUCUCAGUGUGUCCUCCUCAAGAAGCUGCAGAUUGUCUGUGUGAAUCUAUAAAAAAUAUCUAUCCUUAAAGUAAAUUUCACGUUAGUGCUGUUUCAGGACACCAAUUAGAGGAGACACAAGAAAUUGUGAAUGCUGGGAUCUUGAGUAAAAAAACAAACUGCUGGUGGUACUCAAUGGGUUCAUCGAUGGAGCAUCUGUGGAGGGAAAUGGAGAGAUGAUGUUUCAGGUCGGGACCCUUUUAAGAAUAAUCAGUCUAAGAAAGGGUCCUCACCUGAAACAUUAUCGGUCCAUUUUCCUCAACAAAUGCUGCCUUACCUGCUGAGUUCCUCCAGGACUUGAUUUUUUGAUGUAGAACACAUCUUGGUGUAGAUGCUGUGUAGUUUGAUUAGCUGUGGUUCUGUGAUUUCCUAAUUGUUGUGUCUAGGAACAUAGAAAUUGGCAUUCAUAGAUGCAAAUGUUUUAGUUCUGCUUUUAUUUUGUUCUCUCCUUCACUGUGAUAUAAUUAUUCAUUGGCCUUUUGAACGUUCUGAACAAUCUUGUAGACUUGCUGAUGGUACAUCACCCCACAGUAGAGAUUGCUCAUUUUACAUGGAAAAACUGCCAAACUGGUUGGUGAAGAAACUGCAGAUGCUGAAAUCUUGAGCAAUGAACAAGUGCAAAUGGGGAAGGGAAUCAGACAGCCUGUGGAGGGAAUGGACAGGCAGUGUUUCAGGUCUGGUGACUUGGUAUUUAUGUCAGAAUUGUAUUGGUUCAUUGAAUUCUGAAAACUGAGAACACCACCAAAUUAAAAAAAAUCUUAAUUGUUAUUGUAACUACAUUGAAUAAUAUGAUUCUGCUAAAAUACUUUAAGUACAGUUUUUUUUUUAAACUUUGGAGAUAAUUGAUUGGGUUGCAAGAUAAUACUGUAAAAAAAAACUUUGUGGUGUAAGAAGCAUAUUGUUUCCAUAUUUCAAUUUUCCUUUAAUAGUUCAAGCCUUAAAAUAUGCACGUCAGCAAAUUAUCUUUAUCGAAUAAGGUUUUUUUUAAGUUGAGUUAUGAAUGGAAUAUAAAUUUGUAAAUUGCUCUUCAACAAUCGUCAAAUAGGACUGCUGUGAAAGAGCUCCAUAUCUCUUCAUGCUUUGUUAUUAACGUAAUCAAAUGUUUCUAUGUAUAUAUUAAAUUUGUGAAUGUAGAUUGUAAUAGGUGUGAUGUAAAUUAAGUAAAUGAGCGAUGUGAAUAAAACCAAUCUAAAAUUAAUACAAUGAAUAUAAUGA